AUGCGGCAUUUUACGCCUUCCGUGCUGCGCCAUCCCCAUUUUUUUUCAUAUAAGAAUCGAUACAAUUCUCAAUUUCCUGUUAUCCCUCCUCUUCCUCCUGGUUUCCUUUCGGUGGUCCUUGGUUUCCGACACGACACGGUUUCUAGCUAAGUUCCAAAAAUGAUGUCCAGUCUAAUAGCAGUGUUUUCUUGCGCAUGUUUUUUUUGUCUUCUAUGCCCAGCUUCCAUUCCACUGUAGCCACGGAGAGGUCCUUCACGUCAAGUUCAUGUACCAGUGUCCAGUGUCCAGUGCCGUUUUGCUUUUAAGCACAAGUACUUUUUUAAACCCUACGCAGUUAUCUGCUAGUGUCCAGUGUCCCGUCCCGUCUUGCUUUUUAGCACAAGUACUUUUCAAGCCUUCCGCUGCUGUUUACUAGUUUCUAGUUCUGUUUAGCUGUUAACCACCAUUCUUUUGAUGGUGCCUUCAUACCAUGUAUGGUCCACUGAGUGUGUUCAAAGUAUGCUUAUGGAGAGGUGUACCGAGAACCAGCUCAGUAUUUUACACCCUUCGCAGUUAACAGCUAGGACGUUGGAUAUUGGCUCUCCAGAUUUUGUCCUUUGGGGCAUGUCAAGAUUGUCACAGAAAGAACUGGACAUGAGGGACGAACCCGAAGCAAAGUUAAGGUGCCUAAGUAAAUGCUAUGCUGUUCACUUGGGUGUCUCAGACACCUGUCCCGAGCAGUUUGGCAUUAAAGCAUUUCACCGAUACUUUGCCGUCAUGGCUAUGCUGAGUCGCCGUAAGCCAGAGUACGAUCAUCCAGACGACGACGAAGAAAGCCAUCUUUGUGUGGAUCAAAUUCACACAUAUGGUGUACAUCCUGGGCACGUCACAAGAAAUAGUCCGUUCCAGUCCUCUCGAUCAAGCAUUAGAGAAGAUAAUGGGUCUUCGCGUGGAAACAGCGACUUGGACGAGCCUGACAGGCUAGCCAAACGAAAGAAGAAACGUCUCCAGCAACGCCACCAGUCUAGACCUCGACUUGUUACUCAGAUAUCAACAAUCAUGCUAGGAAAUAGUAAACGACACUGCGAAAUCUCUCCAGAUCUCGUUUUGCCAUCACUGGAUCCAGAUGCACAGGAAGUUGUUGAAUCUGCUCCCCCUCAGCUUACACCUGACCAAUGGUUUGGAAGACGUUCUGCUGUUAAUCUUAGCACGGUUCGAUCAAAAUAUAGAUCUGGUCGUAAACAUGCUCGUGAAGAGAAAGAAGAAGUCUUUAGCGUCAGAAGCACAGUCAAGAACAUGUUUAAUAACAGCCAUUAUAUUUCUGCGGCAAAAAGAAUUUUGUUUAGCAACAGCAGCAUUGUGUUAUUUGUCAAUUUGGAUUUGCUAGUCGAUAUUCUGUUCUGCUUGGCUUAUCUCGUAGAGAUGAAGCAAGAAUCAGAUGUUGAUCUAGACCCACCGUGGAUGUACAAGUGGCGCUCCUAUGAUCUUUGGAUAUUCUGCCUCUGUCUAACAGUCUGGAAUACAGGAUCAUUUUUGAUGCGCGUUUUUAUGAACGUACAUCCAUUGUCAGUCUUCCUUAGUUUCCGAUUCUUUAUUGAAAUGAUGACAACCAUCCCAUUUCUUGCUUCAAACUUUGUAGAACAUGGGCAGUAUCUCUAUGUGCCAUAUUUUUUACGUAGCUGGGUAUUACUUUUACGAGUCAAGAGCUGGAUGAAGAUCAAACUUAAUCUUCAAAUGACGGAUAAACCUGUUGAUGCACUCAAAGCCAAAUUGAUUCAAUUGAUCAUCACAAUUGCUGUACUUCUCUAUAAUGGCAUGUCAGCCUUUCAAUAUUGUGAAGUGACAUUUGGAACAGUCAACUACACCAUUCUGGAGUCCCUUUACGUUGUAAUGGUUACUCUGUCUACUGUCGGAUAUGGAGAUAUAACUCCAAGCACUGAAGGAAGCCGCAUUGUCAUGAUGCUAUUGAUUGUAAUAUCUUUGGCUGUUCUCCCAAGCUUAUUAGCAGAUUCGCUUAGCACACUCCGGAAGCGUCAAGAUGGUGGCGGCUCUGUUUCAAAGGGCACAUUGCCUUUUAUCUUGAUCGUUGGUACAUUUACACCAGAGCAGGCCAACGACAUUUUGGACGGAUUCUUGAAUAGGGAGCAUAUUGAUACACAUCUCAAUGUUGUGUUCCUCGACAUAAAUCGUCCAACAGAAGAAUUAAAGCUGAUGGAAAGAAAUUCAAUGUGGGGGCACCGAGUUCAGUUUCUUCAUGGUUCAGUUUUGAAUGAAAAAACAUUACAACGAGCACAAGCGCGUUAUGCAAAAGCCAUCAUCACAAUGUCUGACAAUAAUACACCUGAGCCAGCAAAAGAAGAUGAACGCAACACAGUCAGACUGUGGUCUCUGUACUGCUACACGACCAUUUACAACGUACCGAUAUAUACGUACAAUCUUUACCCAAGCACAGCAAUAUAUCAAAAGGUUGCAAAAGAAAUCAUCUGUCUCCGUGAAUUCAAGCAGUAUCUGCUUGCCAUGAAUUGUAGAUGCAGAGGUGCCUCAACUCUUCUCACAAAUCUGCUACACCAAAGAGAACCUAGAAACAAAUAUGAUGAGCCUUGGCAAGCCCAGUAUGAUGACGGAUCAUGCAACGAGAUCUAUGUUGCUCCUCCAGAAGAUUGUCUAGUUGGUCUUACCUUUGGAGACGCUGCAUGGAUCCUCUUUAAAGAGUUCCAAGUGAUUUUGUUUGCCAUCAAGCUUGCCACUGAAGAUCAAGACGAUCAUAUUAUGUUGAAUCCAGGUGAAAAAUAUACGAUAAGAGCCCAGGACCUAUGUGUCUAUAUGGCAGAAAGCGCACAUGAAAUCAAUGAUAUAAGAAAGAUGACUACUGUCUAUGCUUGGAAGGCUGUUAAAGCCAUGCGCAACAGACGUUCGGCAAAUAAACCUCCGGCAUUCAAGUCCUUACUCAAUCCAAACAAAACACUCAACAAGAAACUGAAGCAUUCAUCAUCCACAGAAACUAUGGUUUCCCAUCAUUCUAGAGUUUCCAGUACAUCUCACCCUGUUCAACAAAAUUUCUGUAUAUCUCGCCUUCCUUCUUCAAAACAUGCCCUACUGACCGGAAACCGAGCCCUCGUGUCCCGGCUAGGAACAACAAAUACGAUAUCGGAUGAACAAUUGGUUGAGGACAAUUCGUUACCUCUCUGUUACUUGUUGGAAGAACCGGCUACCUUAGAUGACUUGGUUAUUAAGUCGGCUGACGGAAUGGACGGACACAUACUUGUCUGUCUUCACAGGCGUGUGAUAAAUAUAUUCAAAUUUAUUUAUAAUCUGAGAUCACCUUACAUGAGACCAAAUGAACUUCAAGAUAUAAUUCUGCUGUGUGCCACACUUCCGAACAAAAAGACGUUCGAUCUCAUCAAACAAUUCCCGAGAGUAUUCUUUAUGGUGGGUAACUGUAGACACCCUGAUGACCUUUUGAGGGCAGGCGUGAAGAGGGCAAAGCAGGUGGUAGUUAUGAGUGAAAAAGAAAAUCUGGAUCAAUAUGAAAAAAACUCUGAUAGUCCUGCAGUAAUGACUAGCCAUAUUAUGGAUCUACUACUUCAAGAACCAGCAGAAGGAUCUUACAGGAUUGUGAAUCUUGUUGAGAGAUCCAACAUUAGGUUUAUGCAUCUAUUAGAAGGAAAGGACGUCGCAGAAGAAAUUGACGUGUUUUACACGCCAGCAUAUGCAGCUGGAGAUGUGGUUGUCGAUAGUCUGUUGAGUAACGUGCUUCUGAGUCAAACAUAUUAUAAGCCUGAUAUUGUUUCGAUUAUCAAGACGCUUUGUGGUAUGCCUGGAUCACCCCACGUAAAUAACUCUACAUUUUCAUCUGAUACAACUAUGGAUGGACACUACGUGACAAGCGUAAAGAUGCCGGCCUGCUUUGUUGACAAGCCAUUUGCUUUUCUAUUCGAGACGUUUGUUCUGGAUUAUGAUUUGCUUCCUCUGGGAUUGCUUCGUGCACCAAACGAAGAAAUGGGAAACGAGCUGCCUUUUGUCUACACAAAUCCGGUGCCUUCGCUUAUUCUCAAAGAAACUGAUUGGAUUUACUUUAUAACAUCCUCUGAGUAUUCUCUUUAG